CGUAAACAGCAAGUUCAUCGAUCAUCCUAAUUCCAGAUCAAACAUUUUUUAAUUUUUUUAUUGUAUACCUAGCUAUUUUAUACUAAUUCUUGAUAAUAUGGCUCUUAAAAUGAAAAAAUUCGAAAAAAUGAUUCGUGGAGAUCAUGUUCCUGAACAGAAAUCUUACGAUAAACAAGAAACUAUUAACGAAAUAAGUUUUAAUGAAUUAGAAGCUCUUAAACAACACAUAUUUGUCAAUUCAUUAAGUCAUAUCAAGGAUGAUGUUUUGAGAAAAAAGUGCUCAGAUAUAACUGCUCAUUAUAGACUUUUUAAAGACGAUGAGUCACAUUUUAAAAUAAAGGAGCUAUCAGAUGAUGAAAAAGAUAAAUUUGAUAAAUGCAUUGGAGAGUGUAUACAAAAGGAGUGUGUUCUGAUUACUAAAGAAAAAGAAUUCAUUCCCGCAGAUUUGUUAAAGUUAAUUGAAUCUGAACCAGUUAUGCCAAAUACUAUUAAAAAUAAAUUAGAUAAUAUGCUGACUCUUUUGAAUAAGUAUACGAACAAUCAAAAGGAGAUACAACAUUCUAUACUUACAUUAUUAGAUAGUAGCUAUAUCAAUAUUUUAGAAGCUCAACAACUAUCUAAAAAAGUAGAUGCUCUUAAAGCUAAUUCAAGUAAGUUGCAGAAUGAUAUCAUCAGUAAAUUUUCUUGUUCAAAAGAAUUAUUAGAUUCAUUGGAAAAAUAUUACAAUGCUAAAGAAAAAAAAUAUGAAACAGAUUUAGCCAAGUUUGAAGAAUUACAAAAACUACAAGAUAAAUAUGAGCUUGUAGAUGGUCCACAGUUUAAAGACUUGGUUAAAAGAUUUAAACAAACCCAGGAAAUCAUUAAAAUCAAAACAGAAAUGCUUAAUAGUUACUGAAAAAUAAUUUUACAUACAUAUUUAUUAUUUACUGUGUAAAGAAAAAAAUUGAUUAUGUACAGUUAUGUUAAACGUUUAAAAGU